AUGCCUAUCGUAUCAUCCAGGGAGUUUCUCAAAAGGCCACUUGACUAUCUCAUUGUUGGCGGUGGAACAGCCGGCCUCUGUCUUGCUGCUAGAUUGAGCGAGGACCGAGAUACCAUCGUGGGCGUACUUGAAGCAGGGGAAUACAAUCCCAACGUGUCUGAUAUCGAUGUUCCGGGCUUCAUCGGGCGUGCGGUAGCAAAUUCCGCAUAUGACUGGAGAUUCCUCAGUGAAGACCAACCGCAUGUUAAUGGUAGGAAGAUGCAGUUGCCUCAAGGAAAAGGUCUAGGUGGCUCAUCGCAGGUGAAUGAAAUUUUAUUCGAGUUAAUGCAUACUGAGAUUAUGCCAUCGAAAGACGAAUAUGAUGCCAUUGAAGAGCUCGGAAAUAAGGGAUGGAACUGGCAUUCUUUGCUUGAAGCUACGACCAGAGUACGAGAUCAUCAUAUCCUUUCAAUCCGAUUGCUUAGGAACUCAUUCUUCGCAGAACCUGGCUUUCCCUGCUGCGCUACGCAACCUGCUCUCAACAAAAACCCCAUCUGUGCCAAACUCUUCGAUGCGCUCGAAAAUCUGCGCGUUCCGAGAAACUCUGAACCCGGUGGAGGUUUUACUGUCGGCUCCGCAUUUGUUUACAACACGGUGGAUCCUCGAACAGCGACGCGAUCAUCUGCAGCAACUGGAUAUUACGCGCCCAAUGCGAAACGGGCAAAUUUUAUGGUGCUAACAGGGGCCCAGGCUACGAAGAGGAGAGCUAUCGGGGUUGAGUUCAUGAAGGAUGGAUCAUCUUUAUGGGCAGCUGUAACGAAGGACGUUAUACUCUCCGCUGGUACUUCAAACCCAUGUGAGCUUUGUAUACUUUCUGGCAUUGGGAAUCCCAAAAUUCUUGAGAGGCAUGGCGUCAAGACUCUAGUGGACCUUCCUGGUGUGGGCGAGAAUUUACGCAAGUGCCAAAAGGAUCACGUCAUGGCUUUUACCGUUGCCGAGAUUGACGCGUCUUUGGAAACAGUAGACGUGCUACUCGAUGUCGCCGAAGCGGAGAGACACGCUGAGCUGUAUAAAGAGCAGAAGGGCCUCCUAUCGACACUUCAAGCUCCUGCGUAUGUCUUUGUCCCCGCAUCAAAGCUGGGUGACGCCCAAGCAUGGCGAGAUACAGCCAAUGUACAAUGUGAUGCCUACCUCGCCAGUAUAGACAAUCCUCAACUUCGUGCCGGUCUAACAAGGCAGUACGAGAUCCAGAAGCGAUGGUUCUGUGACGAGAAUCAUGCACAGGGAGAAGUAUCCUUUUACAACGGUCACUUCCCUGUGCUCACGAUCCAGCCCAAGCCCGGGAAGCGAUAUAUGACGCUGAACGCUAGCAUUCUGCAUCCCUUCUCUCGAGGAAGCGUGCAUAUCCGGUCGAGUAACCCAUUGGAGCCGCCGGCUAUCGAUCCGCAAUACUUCUCCAACUCCGUCGAUCUUGAGCUUCUUAUACAUACGGUCAAAUUGGCACUGAAGCUCUACGAGACGGAACCGUUGACCGCGCUUGUGAAAAAAGAUGGGCUGGUAUUUCCGACCAAGGAUGACUUGGAAGGUGACGGACUGAAAGCAUUUGUCAAGGACACUUGCUCCACGGUAUACCACCCGCUCGGGACUGCAGCAAUGAUGCUUCGAGAGUUAGGAGGUGUAGUAGAUAAUACGCUAAGAGUUUAUGGAACAGACAACCUGCGUGUGGUACGUCGACACUGA